AUGGUGUUAACAACUACUUGCCUUGAGGGGGACAUCGGUGGACUCCAACCUCACAUUAGGCAUCCUCACCCUGCACCCUCUCUUCUUGUCACUCUCGUAAUCCUGUGGGACGACAAUAAUUCGACACAAUCAUUGAGACAUCAGAUUCUAAGCCGUUCAAAACCAGCGGGUGACAGUCGCGGGGGAGUUAGUUCAGGGAAAAAAGCUAUUUUUCCAGAGCUUGAGGAUUUUCUUCUAAAAAGAGAUUAUAUUGGAGCUAUAACUAUGCUUGAGUUUUUGAAACAUGAGGGCAACACAGAGGUUUGGGUGGCUGUGUGGACAGCGUGGUGCUGGUUUCAUCUUGGUGAAUAUAAGAAAGCAUUACACGAAUAUCUCGAAAUUAAAUCAAGAGAUAAACUGGACCCUAAAGUGGCUGACAAUAUUGCCCUGGACCUCGCUGUUUGCUACUUUUACUUAGGCAUGUACCAAGAAUCUCAGGAUGCUGUAGAAGAAGCUCCAAAAUGUCCUCUGAAGUGUCGUCUUCAGUUCCACUUGGCGCACAAACUUAGUGAUGAAGAUGUGCUAAUGCAAGCUCAUGCUAAUCUCCGUGAUGUACCCGAGGAUCAGCUCAGCUUGGCCUCUGUACACUACCUUCGUGCCCAUUAUCAGGAGGCCAUCGAUGUUUAUAAGAAGCUGCUAUUAGACAGACGCUACAAAAGAUACGAAAACGAUGCAACAGACUGGGUCAAAAUCUUGUCAAAUGUUCCUAGCACGUACAUGGCCCUCAAUGUAUACGUGGCGCUUUGUUACUACAAGCUGGACUACUACGACGUAUCCCAAGAAGUGCUCGGUGUGUAUCUCGCGCAGCAUCCCACGUCCACAAUGGCUGGAAACCUUAAGGCUUGCAACUUGUUUAGAUUAUACAACGGCAAAGCAGCUGAAAAUGAAUUGAAGCAAAUAUCUUCUGAUCAACACACGUUUGGGCAAGAUUUGGUGAAACACAAUCUCGUUGUUUUCAAAAACGGCGAAGGUGCUUUAAAAGUACUUCCAGAAUUAGUGGAUGUGGUACCAGAGGCUCGUUUAAACUUGGCCGGCUAUCGGCUCCGCCAUCGAGAGCCAUUGGAAGCACGAGCCUUGCUUGAACCUCUACAGCCUACUUCACCCUUGCAUUAUAUAUUAAGGGCCGUUGUAGCAGUACGUCUGUUUAAUGAGACUGGAGACGAGGAACAAAUGAAAUUAGCCCAACAAAGCUUCCAUCUCGUUGGUGGUUCAGCGUCAGAAUGUGACACUAUCCCUGGACGUCAAUGUAUGGCAUCUUCCUAUUUCCUUGCUGGACAGUUCGAAGAGGUGCUUGUGUACCUCAACUCUAUAAAGCGUUUCUUUGUUAACGAUGAUACGUUUAACUUUAAUUAUGCUCAGGCCAAAGUAGCAACGGGUUUUUAUCGUGAAGCUGAAGAAAGCCUCUUGACCGUUCAAGACGAGAAUAUACGAAAUUCCUUCACUUACCUCGCAUGCCUUUGUCGCUGUCACGUGAUGAACAAGGAAGCGCACCUCGCAUGGGACAUAUGUGUUAAGUCAGCAGGAACCCCUGAUAGCUUCGCACUUUUACAACUGGUGGCUAACGACAGUUACCGCAUGGGACAGUUCCUGGUUGCUGCUAAAGCGUUUCAUAUGCUGGAUAGGUUGGACGGUGGGCCAGAAAUGUGGGAAGGCUUACGUGGCGCCGUGUGUGGCUGUGCGCAGGCGGUGGCGGCGGGCGCGCCCUCCGCGCAGCUGCGGGACGCGCUCGCGCUGCUCCGCGGGCCGCGCGCGCACCCCCGCGCCGACCAGGUAGCGCGCCCUAUCGCCAGGUGGGCACAGCAGAAUAGAAUAUCUGUG